CUUACUUCCCAUAGUUUUGCCUUUAGUUUUUUACAGCAAUAAUGAGGGAGUGUGGAUGGUAGGUGGUGUGGAGUGUCUGGGGUAGAGAGAGGAUGAGCAGACGGAAGACAAGGUGUGAGGCAGAGCUGAGGUGUGAGGGCUAGAGAUGCUGGGGCUCCCCAUCCAGGCCUGGCUACCGUUCCUCUCACCCUCUCACAGGUCUCCAGAGCCCGCCUACCCAGGCCAACCACUUCCCCAAUCAAAGCUCGGGUCUUCCCCCAGGUCUUGCAGCUCACAGAUGCUGAGAAGCAGGGAGACUCCUACUCCGUCCAGAGCCUUCUCCUCCUCUCCUCCACUGACAGAACUAGGGGGCUAUGGCCUGGAGAUGCUCACAACUGCUGCUGACCCCUAUGCUGCUGCCCCUCCUGGCCUCAGGUGUCUGGGGGUCGAAGGUUGUGUCUGAGGACCUUCACGGAGUGGCGGGACAGAGCUUCUCCGUGAAGUGCCACUACAAACCUGAGGCAGGGCCGUAUGUGCCGAAAUCGUGGUGUCGGCAGACAUCGCCAAGUAGAUGCAACCGAGUGGUCACAACCUCCGAGCCUCGGAGAGCCGUCAGUGAAUCACAACACACCAUCUGGGACGAUCCCGAGGCUGGCUUCUUCAGUGUCACCAUCGCUCGGCUCACGGAGAAGGACUCGGCAGUCUACUGGUGCGGGCAGUUUAAUGCUACCCGCAAUGUAAUCAACAUUCUCCGGAGCAUCAACCUGGUGGUGUCUCCAGCCUCGUCCACUCUUCCUCCGCAGACCAGCAUCUGGCUCCAAACAAAGAUGGCCUCAUCCACUCUUCCUCCACAGACGACCACCCAGCUCCCAACAAACACAGUUCUGACCACUUCUCCAGAGGAAACCACUGGCCCUUUCAUCAAUGGCUCUGAGCACAGAAACCAAAGUUCUCCUUCCUUUCCUGGCUGGGAAUCCCCGAGGCUUUUGGUCUUCGUGCAGUACGGACUCCUCCUGCUCAAGGGCCUGAUGCUGUCAGUUUUCUGUGUGGUCCUUUGCCGGAGGCGCUGCCAAAGACAGGCGUGUACGGCGGAGACAGUGAUGGUGGAGGUUACAGAAUAUGCCAGCCUUCCUGACAUCUCGGAGUCCUUGGGCACAUUUGGCCAUCUCUCGGGGUGUGAGAAGAAUGCCUAUUCUCCCAGCCCCAUGCAGUGACCAGAGCUGCCCAACCAACGCAUACUACAACCCUACCGAAGCCUCCAAGCAAGUUCAUGGGAGACACAAGUGCCUGGUCCCAGCCUCAAACCACCAGUGGCGACUGUCACUCCGGUACCCAGCACCCUAGAUCCAUGUUCCCACAGCCCAGAUCUCCCCCAGGCUGACCACCCAUGGGAAGUUAAUCUGCAUUGGGGUCAGACCCUCUGGCAGCACCUAACACCCAGCUCAACUAUCUCCCAGGACCCUACCUCUACACCUUCUCCUCCGGGACUUUCCCGCUCUCUCCUGCCUCCAUUGGCACACAUGUCUCACCGGCUGCUUCUGGAGUGGGCUACUCACUAACUUAAGUCUCUUGGACUGCAUCAAAGUGGAACACGGCAACACCAUUUCCCUGGGCUUCCUCUCCUCUUGCUCCGGAUUCCUUAAAAAUGAAAGAAAAACAUGAUUUAAAUGAUAAAAUGGAGAACCAAGAAAGGCUGUGAUAUGCAGACUACAAACAGAGGCGGUCAAAAAGUUAAAGAAAAAACUGGUUUUUAACGAGACAAAAAACUCCCUAAACAGUUUGCUUAUCCAGCUACACACAGGAGCUGACCACUAGGGGUCAGUGUUGUGUUGGUUUAUCAAGUGAGACCAUUUCUUCUUCACAGAGAAAGUCUGUGUGGGUGUGUGCGGUUGUCCUUUAGGGAACCAAAACAAUAUCAUAUCCAUAAAACAAGAAGCAGCCAGGGUGAUGUUCAGAGCAGGUGUCAUCCAGUGUAGCCUGGACACCAGGAAUUCAUCAUGGACAUUCACUGCCGACAGCAAGUUGAACGUUAGCCUUGCGACCACGAGAAGGCCACCAUGAAGACGGCACGUUUUCCUCCUGUUGGUACCUUGCUCAGCUCUGGUCUGGGGGCUCUUGCUUUGCAGUAUCGCAUCUGGUUUUUUGAUGGGAGAUGGAGGGGGAGAGGAUAAGAGAAGAGGGGAGGUGUGGAGGGAGGGAAACUGUGGUCAGAAUGUGUUUACGA